AUGUCUCCCAGCAAUAAAAUUUACCAGGAGUUUGAGAAGAGGGUCCGGGAUCUAUACAAGUCAUGGAAGAACAAAACAUUAGAUAAUGCAGUUCUUACGUUCCGUCGAUGGGGCCAGCUCCCUGGAAAUGAAGGUGUUUUCGAUUGCGAGGAUCAAAAGGCUCUGCGAAAAAUUAUAAGCAACAACUACGUCCCCUCGUGGUCAGCAGAGAUUUUCACCUUUGCCCAUCAAGUUAUUUCGUACCAGGAGUGUACGGAACUUGGAAAGCGAUGGUUACGAUAUGUAACCAUCCAGCUCAUGCUUCGCACUCGCUUAAAUGAGCUAUAUGAUUUUAAGUACAAGGGCAAGAGCGAGAGCCUAUCUAAGCAUAACCGCUCAUACCUUCUGGCAGCAUUUGAUGCGUUGCAUAAGCUACAUACAUUUAGUGAUAUGUCACUGGAUGAUUUUCCAUUCUGCCAAACCCAUGGCCCCCGUCCCCGGGUUCGACGAUAUGUGGUUGAUAUAAAUGAGGAUACUGAAGAUAGCGGCCCUCUUGCGCCGCUUAUUUGCUCCGUGCCGGUCCAACUCCCAGACUAA